CAGCACGGUUGUUUAGCAGUUCCGACCGGCUAUCAAAUGAUUCAUCCGCAAUAUAAACUAGUUUCGUUCACACACAGCUCAUAUUGAUGAGCCGUUCAAAUGAACUGGAACUGGAACAAAAAGAAUAGAAGAAAGAAAACAAACAGCUGCGAUACAGCAGCAAAAAAAAAAUACAAGCCUACAAAGAAGAAAAAUAGAAACAUGACCGUUUCCAACACCGUGGACCAAUAUACGAUCAUGUCCGGGGAUCGUUCAAAGAUAAAAGAUUUGCUUUGCAAUCGUCUGACAGAAUGUGGCUGGCGGGAUGAGGUGCGAUUACUCUGCCGCAAUAUAUUGCUAGAGAAAAGCGGCAACAACAGCGUCACCGUGGAGCAACUAAUAUCUGAAGUAACACCCAAGGCGCGUACGCUGGUUCCCGAUGCGGUGAAAAAGGAGCUGCUGAUGAAGAUUCGCACCAUACUGGCUGAAAACGAGUCAGACAACUCGAAUUAAAUUAAAUUUAAUUGCUUAUAGUAUUAAGUCUACAUUUCUACAUGUUCGUUUCGUCAUUUUUAUCAUCAUUUGUCAAUAAACUAUAUACAAAGUGGA